UCAAUAUAAUGUCUUCAUCCAAGAGACACUGGCCUAGCAUGUUCAAGUCCAAGCCCUGCAACACUCUCCACCCAUGGCACCGCCACCGUGACAUUCUCAACUCUUCCCUCAAACCACCGUCAACACCUCCUUCAGGUGGUGGGAGUGAAGAGAGGAGCGCUCCAGAGCCAAAGGCGAGAUGGAAUCCCAAGCCGGAACAAAUACGCAUUCUUGAAGCUAUCUUCAAUUCUGGAAUGGUUAAUCCUCCCAGAGAGGAGAUUAGAAACAUCAGAGCUAAACUCCAAGAGUACGGUCAAGUUGGCGACGCCAACGUCUUCUAUUGGUUUCAGAACAGAAAAUCAAGAACCAAGCACAAACUCCGCCACCUCCAAACCUCCACAAAAUCGCCGCCGCCGCCGCAACAAAACCCCACUCCUCCUCUCAUACCCGGCCCCUCACCGUCUUCGUCAUCGUCUUCUUCCGAUAAAUCAUCUCCUAAUGAUUCUGCGAAUCACCGGCACAGCUUUUUUCAUGCACGCAAUGAGUUGUUGACUCAACCGCCUUCCAUCCAUCAAACCUCAACUGGUUUUGCUUCUUCCGAUGGCGGCGCGUUCACACAAACGCUCUGCUUCCCUGCCGUUUCUACUGUUUCUGAUCAGACCACGGUGGUUGAGAAUUCUCCAAACCUUUUGAUCACCGAACUCAUGGGCUUCGCCGCCGCCGUUCCGCCUCCAAGUACUUGUGGCGGAGUGACGGGUCCUGCAAAAUCGACGGUGUUCAUAAACGACUUGGCAUUCGAGGUCGCGGCGGCGCACUUGAACGUGAAGGCGGCGUUUGGUGAUGACGCGGUGCUCAUUCAUUAUUCCUCCGGCCAGCCCCUCCUUACCAAUGAAUGGGGACUAACCCUUGAUCCACUUCAGGACGGCGCUUAUUAUUACUUAGUUCGCACAUAAUAAUCUCCUACAACUGAUCAUGCUGGCGCCGCCACCGAUUUAGAAGAUAUGAAGAAGCUGCAUGUGAAUGAUUCAUGGAAACUUAAUUGAAGGAUCAAUGGAAUGUUGUUAGGCUCUUAGCUAUUUACGUAGUAUCUGUAAUUUCGUCGUCUCCAAUUCCUAAUUAAAUUCUGCUUUUGGAAACUGAUUGGAACAAAAAA